AUGACCGACAAACCCUCCACCACUGCAGAAAGUACCACCUCCCCCUCCACCCCCACCACCCCCAUCGACAAGCUCAACGCCCUCCUAACCACCAACCCCUCAAUCGAAUUCCUGCGCUUCCACUGGCUCGACUACAGCGCCACGGUACGCACACGCCUAGUAUCCGUCCGCUGCGCCCGCGCCCUCGCCGUGGCCUCCACCCCCUCCGCUCCCAACGAUUCAAAGUCCACCACCAACUCCGCCAGCAGCACCGGCACCAUCUCCGUGGCCUCGCCCAUGGCCUCUGCCUUCCUAAUCGACGGCUCCUUCCACGAAGUACACGCCGGCAAGAAGGACCAUCUCGUGCCGGACUGGGACACGCUCAACGUCCUCUCGUACGCGCCAGGGCACGCGGGGGUGAUGUGUGCGAUUGACGAAGGGGCGACGGGGACGGAGGAGGGGCUGGGCUUUGAUCCGCGGAGUUUGCUCGUCAAAGCUGAGUGCGACGCCGAGAAAGACGGCAAAGUCAAUUUUCUGGUGGGUGUGGAGAUCGAGUUCUAUCUUCACGUAGGCUCGACGCCGGUGAGACCCGUCGUGGACGUCACGAGUUACUGCUCCACGGCCUCGCUGCGCACUAAGUACGGGAAAGUGCUCGAGGAUGCGGUGCGCUGGACGGAGGCGGCGGGAGUUCCGGUGUGGACGGCACACAGCGAGCUCGUGGACGGGUUGUUUGAGAUCAACCUGGAGCCGUUGACGCCGGUGAAGGCGGCGGACGCGAUCGUGUAUGUGACGGAAGCGAUAAAAAGCGCGGCUGUGGCGCAGGGGCUCAGGGCGACGAUGCAUCCGAAACCGUUUGAUAAGACGCACGGGGUGGGGAUGCACUUGCAUAUUUCGCUGCAGGGCGAGGGGCGGGAGAAAAGUAAGGAUGAUGGGUUCUUAGCCGGGGUGCUGGACAGCGUGCCAGGCAUCUGCGCGAUAUCCAUGCCAGGAUACGAUAGUUAUCUUCGAGCGGACUUCGCGGGCGGGGAGUGGGUGAGCUGGGACACUGAGAACCGCAUGUGCAGUGUACGCAAGAUACGCGAUGCGUACUGGGAAUUUAGGUUUGUGGAUGCGACGGCGAAUCCGUAUUUAGCGCUCGCGGCGAUUUUGGGGACGGGGAUGAAGGCGUGGAAGGCGGGGAGGGAGCUUAAGAUGAAGCCCGUGCAGGGUGUGCCGCCUGCGGAGGAGGAGAGGAGGAAGGAGUUGGGGGUGGAGAAGAAGGCGCCGGGGAGUUUGAAGGAGGCGGUGGAGGCGUUGGAAGGGGAUGGGGCGGUGAAGGAGGUUUUGGGUGAGAAAGUGGUGGAGAGGUUUGUGGGGUAUAAACGGCAUGAGGAGAGUGUGCUUGCGGGGGCUUACGCUCCAGGAGAGACGGAAGAUGGUCAUGGCAAUAUUUUGAAUGGGGGUGGCACAUGGAUUUGUAACGGUAUGAUUAGUAGGUAA